UACCAUUCUCUUCAUUCUCAGUAAAAUGCCUGCUUCCUCGAUCACCAUUAUCUUUUCUCCCUACCAUGUGGGAUUCCGUGACCACCGUGUUGGUAACGGCCCGCACCGGAUUCGCUCGCUGGGCGUUGUCGAGGCCCUCGAGAAGCUGGGCGUGACCAUCAACUUCAACGAGAUCCCCCACGUCGACAGCUUCGAGGGUGAAAUUGGUCGCAGCUUUGAACUCCUCCGCCGCAUUUCCACCGCCGUUUCCCAAGCUGUGGCAUCAAACAGCUUUCCCCUCAUUCUGUCCGGGAACUGCAUGGCCAGCGCUGCUGCCGCCUGUGGUCUGCCGAUCAAUGAUCUCGGCUUUGUUUACUUCGAUGCCCAUGAUGACCUAGACUCGCCUGAUGUCAACGAGAACGGGUAUUUGGACGCUAUGGGUCUCUCCAUGCUCCGCGGAGAGAGCUGGAAGACCCUCAUGAACACUGUCCCCGGCUACUCGCCCCGGACCUACCGCCGCUUCCUCUACUGUGGUCUGCGUGACCAGUCCCCCCUGCAGCGUCAGCGUGUCAUCGACGCCGGCAUGACCUCUGUCUGGGGACGCUCCGACAUCAAGGUUGACUUCGCCGCUCAAAUGAAGCAAGAACUUUCCGCCCGCUCGUACGGGCCAGCUCUGGUUCAUCUUGAUUUAGAUGUUCUGGAUGAGUCUUACGGCAAGGUUAACGACUACCCUUCGCCCGGUGGUAUGAUGGAGGAGGACCUGAUCGCCUGUAUGGACAUGGUUCCCCGGAUGGACACCAGCCCGCAGUCGCUCACUGUCUGCUCCUUCGAUCCCAACGCCGGUGAUGGUGACAAGAUAGCCACUAUUGCUGUUCGCGCUAUUACGACCUUUGUCCGGGCUCUCUUGGAUACGAAUGCCUUGACGAAGGCCUGAACUUGGGUCAAUUCUUGAAAAGUGUUUCCUCGAGAGAAAUGUUGCAUUAUCGAGAAUGGCGGCAAUGUUACAGCCAGAAGGAAAUCGAGACAAUCCUGUGCAUUCAACGAAGGUAUCAAGACUAAGGAGAAGGAGAAGGAAACUAUCUACCUGGAGGUCUUGUUGUUAUCACCCUCUAACCGGUAUCUUCGAUCUCGGUAUCUUCCUUCUCUGCCAAUUAACACAAGAUGAGGCCGCCCAUCGUCCCACACAAGGGGAGUUACAAUACUUAUAAAUUCUUUGCAUGAAGUUCGUCGAAAGUCAGCUUUCAGAGUGCGGU